AAAUUUCCAAACUAUGGCUACAUCCGACAGUCCACAGCAUAAAGGUGAUAUAUCCACGUGUUCAGUUUGCUUUGAACGGUUCAAAAACCCGCGUUAUUUACCAUGCCUACAUUCCUUUUGUCACUCCUGCUUGGAGUCUUAUAUCAUUUCUGCCUGCAUAUCAAAGGACUCCCCGGUUGGAUUCAGGUGCCCGUUGUGCAGAGAAUUUGUUGCUGCCCCCGGUACAUUUAGCUCACCAGAGAAAUGGGCAAAACAAUUACCACUUAAUGAGUCUUUGAUAAAAUAUCUGAAAAAUGAAAAUGUUGUGGAGGAUCAUAACAUGUGCGAGGCAUGUAACAGGGCCCAAGAAGAUCAACCCGCUUCAUUUUGGUGUAAGACUUGUAUGGAGUUUUUGUGCGAUAUGUGUACAAAGUAUCACAGAAAAAACAUGAUGACUCAAGAACACAGGCUGGCCCCUCUAAAUGAAGUAAAGUCUUCAGGAUCUGCCAUGAUAGCAGAAAAUGUCUGCGUAAAGCAUAAAGGGGAGAUAAUGAUGUUCUGCUUUGAUCACCAGGAGGCGUGCUGCACCACUUGCGUCAGUUUCGAACAUAGAAAAUGCCAAAAAGUGGAAUCAAUUGACAAAUGUCUUACUGCUCUACAAGAGGACAAUGCCAUCGAAAAAUUGAUGACAGAAAUUGAUAAACUGUCCCUGAAGCUUGAGAAUAUUGCAAAAGAAGAGGAAAGUAACAUCUCUCAGAUUGACCUACAAUCUAACGAAAUCCUCAGGACUAUUGAACAAAUACAGCAAGAAAUCGUAGAACAUAUGGAGUUGCUAAAAAACAGCCACGCAGGAGAGCUUUCAAAGAUCACCAAAGAGAGAAAAGAUAAGCUGAAUUCUUCUUUGGACUCCAUAAUGGAAAAGAAACUCUACAUGGAACAUUGUAAACAAGUUAUCUCUCGCGUGAAGGAAAACGGAUCCGAUUUGGCUUUCGUCACUAAGUAUUAUGAAGUGAAGCGUAAAAUUGACGAAAUCAAAAAGACAAAUAUAAACAAAAUAUCGUUUGAUAUACAGGAAAAGAUUUCACCCAAAGUGAAGGAAAUGAAAACUAUUUCCAAACUCUCAGAGCUAUCUGUAUUUCAGAAAUCGUGCUCUAUGGAAUUUGGUUUUGAUGUCACAACAGCAAAGAUGACUUUAGAGGCUGAGUUUACUGUGGAAAAUGGCUGGAUAUAUGGAGGAAGUUUUCUACCAAGCGGAGGAAUACUACUAGCGGACUACCCUAAUUUCCGCUUUAUUUAUUUGGACUGCAUCGGAAAAAAUAUACUUCAAGGGAAAUUAGUAGGUCCCAAACCUAGGGACAUAAUCGUUCAAGGAUCUGAUAUCUUGAUAGCAUUGGAAGGCUUAAACGCACUACAAAAAGUGUCCGUCGGAAAAUUUAGUUUGGGCUCAACCAUUCCAACUGGCGAGGCAUGCUUGGGAAUAGCGAAAUUCCAAGAAAAUAUAUACGUAACGCGACCAACGUCAAUUAUCAAACUGGAUAAACAAGGAAACAUCCUUAAAACUUACCCGACCCGGAAGUGGACUUAUUCAGUAACGGUGACGGAUAUCGGGAACAUAAUCCACUGUCAUUAUGGUGGCAAUUCCGUAUCAGCCAUGAGAGAUGAUGGAAACACAUUGUGGGUGUAUAAACAUCCUAAGCUGAUCGGUCCCGUCUGUGUGUCUGUGGAUUUCCUGGAUAAUAUAUAUGUGGCUGGGGAACAAUCAAACAACGUCCACAUUCUGUCCCCCAAAGGGAGGCUACUCAGAAUUAUACCCGACAUUCCCAAACCGUUUUGUAUCAAGUUUAAGGAAGGAAGUCUGACUUUUUUUGUAGUCACCAAUGGCAACUGCGUGAAAGUGUAUGAAUUUAAAAGUAAAUGAUCUAUGGAGGAC